UACCGCUUCGCUACUGAAUUAUUUCAUUGAUUCGAAUGUGAUUACUAUUUGAUUACACCAGCGAGUGACAUCACAAUUACGAAUGUGAAUGGCCCCUCGAUGUACCUUAUUUUUUCCAUCUCAUUUCGAAUUUCAUUGUGGUCAGCACUUUGUCCUUGUCCUUACAUCAUUAAAAAAAAACCUGUCAACCACCUCCUCACCAUGACGUCAAGACCCCUCCCCCAACCCCUCCAAAAUACCGCAAAAAUAAAUUCUUUACUCGCUGAAAACUCCGUUGAUAAUGUCAAAAUCCUCACUUACCGCACUGACUGUCUCUCCCUCGCCGUUUCUAUUGGUCGGCAGUAGCUUCCCGGUGUCUUCCCAACCAAUCCUCGUUUACCACGAUGAACGCCGACUCCGCCACGCGUUACCACAAUCAGCCGCUUGCGCUCGUUGUAUAUAUACGUAUAUUGCCUCGUUGUCGUCGUUUCGUUCGUUCCACCGUGUUGCCCCACUCGACUGGAGCAUUUUUCUCCUACGCGUCGUCCCUCGUUGUUCCAUUAAGACUCCCGACGUGGUUCGCGCAGCUCCUAAAUUCCAUCGGAACAUCGAGUUCAGUGGAACCCUUGAACUCUUCAAUUUUAUUUAAAUUUCGGUUUUAAUUAGUUGCUUAAUUGAAACAUUGUAACAAUGAGAGUCGCCGGGACUUUCGUAUUACUCUGCUGUUUAGCGCUGUCGUUUGCGGAGAUUGAGAAGGAAGAUGAGGUGCUCGUCAUCGGGAAAGACAACUUCGAGGAGGCGUUGAAGAACCACGAGUACAUUCUCUUCGAAUUUUACGCCCCAUGGUGCGGUCACUGCAAAGCCCUCGCCCCAGAGUACGCCAAGGCGGCUCAAAAGCUGAAAGAGCAAGGCUCAGACGUCAAACUUGCCAAGGUUGACGCCACCAUCGAGUCAGAUCUCGCUGAGAAACAUGGAGUCCGUGGUUACCCCACCCUCAAAUUCUACAGAAAGGGUGCCAUGAUCGAGUACAACGGUGGCCGUCAGGCCGACGACAUCAUCGCCUGGGUGACGAAGAAGACCGGACCUCCAGCCAAGACUUUGGCCUCAGUCGAUGAAGUGAAAGCCCUCAGGGAAGCUAACUCCGUCGUCAUUGUUGGUUUCUUCAAAGACCCAGAGUCCGAUGGAGCUAAAAUCUUCAUAGAUGUUGCAAGCGCCGAUGACGCUCACGUCUUUGGUAUCGUGAGCAACGAAGAUGUCUUCGCAGAAUACAAGAAAACAGAUGGUGCUGUGAUUCUUUUCAAGGACUUCGAUGAAGGUGAAGCUGUCUUCGACGAUGAAUUGACUUCUGAAAAACUCCAGAAGUUCAUCACAAGUAACUCCCUUCCCAUCAUCGUCGACUUCAACCAGGACACAGCCCAGAAUAUCUUCGGUGGCGAAAUCAAGAGUCACCUCCUUCUUUUCAUCAGCAAAGAGGCUGGACAUUUCGAGAAGUACGUCGAAAGCAUCAAGGAGUCCGCCAAGAAGUUCAGAGGAGAAGUUCUCUUCGUCACCAUCAAUGUUGAUGAGAAUGAUCACGAGAGGAUUCUCGAAUUCUUCGGAUUGAAGAAGGACGAUGCACCUGACAUGAGGAUCAUCAAUCUCGAGCAGGAUAUGACUAAGUACAAGCCUGAAAAGCCCGAGCUCAGUGCUGAGAAUGUACUCGAAUUCGUCACUGCUUUUGUCGAUGGAAAACUCAAGAGGCAUCUACUGACUCAGACCCUUCCUGAGGACUGGGACAAGGAGCCCGUCAAGGUACUCGUUGGCACCAAUUUCGCUGAUGUCGCCAUGGACAAGAGCAAGAAGGUUCUUGUCGAAUUCUACGCUCCCUGGUGCGGACACUGCAAACAGCUCAUUCCAAUUUAUGAAAAGCUUGGAGAGAAAUUCAAGGACAGUGAUGAUGUUGUCAUUGCCAAGAUGGAUGCCACUGCUAAUGAACUUGAGGAAGUUAAGAUCAACAGUUUCCCAACUAUUAUCCUGUACAAGAAAGACACUAAUGAGGCUGUUGAAUACAGUGGUGAAAGAACACUAGAAGGUCUUAGCAAAUUCAUCGAAUCAGAUGGUACUUACGGUCAGUCCGCCAAGGAGACCCAAGAAGAGGACGAGGAUGACGAUGUGCCAAGAAAGGACGAACUUUAAAUCAUCAAAUGCACAAAAAGCAAAAUAAAAAAUCAGCAAAGAGCGUCAUACUAAUCGUUCGCGGCCCACACUUUCUCGCUUCUCAAAUCGACAAUCGACCCCGUCUAGACCCCAUCCUUGUCCCAUCAGUGCCGCAUCCACCUUCACAGGGCUCGGAAACCCUCAAUAAAUUGAGAGCACUCUCAAUGGAUUCAAUGAUAUUCUUCCCGGGGAGAACUUAGCGUCCAUUCAGACUCAUUUCAGCACUUCCAAGUGCUGAAACGAAAGCCAUCCUCGGUCAAGUCGAGUCUGAUCUAGUUUUAUAAUAAUUUCAUACCGUUUUUCUUUUCUCUUCGAUCUAUAAGUUGUUAGUUUCAAUUAAUAUAUCUCACUGUUCGUAGUUCAAUUAUUUCAAUCAUGACACUGGGCAUCAUUCCACAUUAUUGAUUACGAUGAUAAUCAAUCUACUAAAUAAAGUGCAGGCAUAUCUGGGAUUUUAAAAAUAUCAAUUGCAGUAAGAAAAUGGUGAAACCUGCACUUACGGAAUUAUCUCAGUAAUGAGGGGUUUAAGAGACAAUUUGAAAAUUUCUGAUGAGAAUUGUUUUUCGCAUGCAUUCUUCUAAAUUUGCUCUUUGCCUAGUUAAUCACCUAAUUAUUUAAAAUUGAUUAACAGGCCAAUUUUCGUUAUAUCUUCAGAAUUAUUUUGGUAAUUAGUGAUUUUAGAAGAAAUCAUCCCUGUUCGAGAUGCAUGAGUUAAGAAAAUCAAUAACUAUGGAUACGAGGACGAUUAAAAAAUUCAACAGAUGCAAGAUGCAAUAGUUCGAGGCAGUUUUUAUUUUUAUAAAAUCAAAAAAAGUAAUAUACAAUUUUCUUCAUUUUGAAAUAAUGCAUCUGUCGAUUCGCUAAUCACAAUCAUUCCGGAAUGAAGAGAAGUGAUUUCUGAGUGUUUUAUAUAUUUUCGUAGUGCAAAAUUAAGAACUGAGAGGUAUAAAGAAAGGAAUUUUGAUAUUAAAUCAAAUGUAUAUGAGGAACAAUGGUUGUUAUGCGAGGACUUAAUUGUACUAAAGAAUGUGAAUUAUGUCUUCUGGUGUUUAUUUUGACUGAUUAAUAUCCUCGUGGAACACCUGCAAUGAAAUCAACACCAGUGGAGAGUCGAAUUAUGAAAAGAUGAAAGAGAUAAAAUAUGGAUUUUAAGAAGAAAAUAAACUCUAUCACUAAGUCUUUAUUAUAUAUUCUUCAUAAUAUAUAAGAUAUUUUACCUUGAUUUUGUAUCAUUUUUAUCAUCAAUGAAAGGUCAACGUUUUCGAUAAAGA